ACGGGUCAGGAGUCAAACUGUGUGCAUGUGUGUGUUUGCACAUGUCUUUGGAGGGCCAUCAACAUUGCUUCCAAUGGAAAUCAGCUUAUUCGUGAUCUGUGUACACGCUGAGUGCAGAUAUACAUUAAAAGAAAACAAACAUGACAGAUCACCACAUGCUCUUCACAGAGCCGAUCAGUCUCACUGACCUCGUGGCCAUAAAGAAUCAGUGCUAUAGAGCCAUGAGUGACAUUAAGCCCUGGCCAUUGCAACAGAAGCAGCUGCAUUUAGUUUGCGUGGACUUCAUCUUCAUGGGAAAACAGAAGCUGUGCAGAGCAGCAGGAUUACCAAUAGUCCAUCCUGCAACAUGUGCAGUAUGUCUUGAGCUCCAGCCAUUUAACCUUAAGACCUAUUCUUGUGUGUUGUCCUUUGUUUAUUUGCUUUGGUGCACAUCAACUCAGUGUUCAUCUGGAACAAGGCGAGAUCUAGUCAGCAGAAGGGCAGAUGUUUUGCAGGAUGUCCAUAUUGUGUGUUGGAGGGUUUAGAGAGUUUCUGUAAUUGUCGGAGUCUCUGCCGCAAAAAGGGCUUUCAAUUCUUGCAAUUCCUGCUUUUUAAAAAAAAAUGUAGGCACAAGCCACUUGAAAUGUCAGCCUGCAUACCUCCUAGACCUUUUUGUUCAGGACUUGUUAACUGUCAAAGGACCCUCAAUUUAUUUCAUUCUGUUCUGCAAUUUUUCUUUGAGUGCUUUCCUUUGAGCCCCCUUUUCUUUUCUCUCUCUCUCCUUUAGUCCGUUAGAAAAAGAUCCAGCUGGUUGGCUCUCUUGGUUACUCUAAUCCUGACAAUCGCACUAAUGAGAUUAGGCCUCACUGCUGUGAUAGUAACCCGCUGGACCACUUCAUAACCUCCCUCUGUCUCUCCCACUGUCUCUCAAAUUCACUGCUGCGUUCCCCUUUUGUUUUCCAAUCGUGACAUUUGUAUGCAUUGCAUUUCCUGUUGAAACAUAUAAAUAACGAUUUAUUUAUGAGCACUUACUUAUAUGAGCGUGCAAGAAGCAAAGAGGCCAUUGUUUGGCGGCAAGCUGUAUGAUCCAGAUUCUAAAUGCGAUUGUUCCAAGUACAACGUGUUGUGUUGAGUGGCUCCAGACUCUGUACAAUCGGCAGGUUUACCACAGCUAGAUGAAUGAAAGGGGGGAAAAAAGGACCCCAGAUGAGACAAUCCCAGAUGGCCGCUGCAUGGCUGGAGCCAACUGCGACUUGGUGAUGGAGAGAACUUUAAAUAAGGCGCAGGGAAUGUGUACUUCAUGUAAUUGUAUCUUUUGUAGCUUUUUCAGUUCAGAUCCCACUAUUCAGGUCAAGACAAAAGCUUUCGACGUUAGGAUGUAAUCCAAAACACGUGCGCUGCUCUCUACCUCUGGUGGAAGUCCUGCCUCUGUACGCAGAUUCUUUGUAGUAUUAACAUAAUGCAUUGGGUUAUGGAAGUGUCCCAAUUCUGCUUCUGGCUGGAGGGCAGAUCGUAGAUGACAAAGAGAGAUGUCUUGUUGAGACGUCUCUCAGCUGAUCCGGGAGAAAGAGGGACAUGAAUGGGAUUCAAUGAUUGAGAUUUAUGGGGAGUCAGUUUUUAAGACCCAGGAGUCCCGUGCUAAUGGCAUCUUCCUUAAUAACCAAUUUAGAAUCACACCUUCCCUGAUGGACAAGCUCGUCCGAGUGACCACAGACUUUGCCUGCUGAUGCUCGCUGAGAGGGAAGUGAUCCGUCUUCAUCCAGAGCUUUCUCAGACAGAGCUUAAACUGAGGUGGGCGGCAGAUGGCGCUUCCGCUGCCCAGCGGCGAGUGAAUUGAGUUACUUUUGACCCACAGGUCCCCGCCACGCUUCAAAAGUGUUCAAAGUAGCCGUCGCUAUUAGUCUGGGCGGCCAUGCGGCAAUUACUCAGUCGCUAAUUAGUGGCAGAGAUUUAAAGGACAAGGCCCAUCUGCUUCUUAAAAUCAGAUCUAAGGAGGGCUGCACUAUACUUCCUGCAGUGAGUUAUAGAUUAUUACGGCAGCACACAUUUGAAGCAGUGGCUUAUCUCAUGGCUGCUUUUAAUUACUGUGCACUGACCUACAACACAUCUGUCUUCCCCGAAACAUUGGCCUGCAUUAGCUGUUUGAAAGUUUGUUGUCGGAAAAAAAAGGGCAUCAUGUAAAAGAUGUGAGUUAACGACGUGCGCUCAUUGUUAAGAUGAAUUAUGAAUUGUUUAAUCGGACCAGCAGUCCACCAUAAUAUUUCGCUUCACUUUAGAUGUAUUAGUCAAUGACUAAUACAUCUGUUGUAGCUAUCACUUCUAAACAGCAUUGUUGACUCUGGGAGUUGUUCAAUUGUUACUUUAACAUGUUUCAGGGCCCAAAGCAACAUGAAAAGAAAAGAAGAAUGAUGUAUGUGUCCUCGCGGAUAUUCCUCCUCGUUGAACGACCACAGUCAGAUGAGCUGGCGUGUCGUGGCUUCAAUAAGACUGAAAGUCAUGCCGUCUGCUUGAUAUUUCACCAGAGACACUUUGUUGUUGUCAUGCGUGCCCAUCUUGAUCGCAUGAGAUGACAAAUACGCCACAGCAUUGCUCAUGGGCUCAAAAUCUGCUCCACUUUCAUUUCUAUGAUUAAUAACUGCAUCAAGGCCAUAAACAAUCGUCCAUCUGGUAUGAAUCAGACGCGGCAGUCUGGUCCACAGCGAGUUUACUCUCCGUGGACUCUGACUUUUUCAUAUCUUCAAAGGGAGUCAAUUGGUCGGGCUUAAUUGAAAUAGCCCGCUGCAUGUAUGUGUACUUGAGCUUAUCAUUUGAAGUACAUUUAAACAAAAGAAAUCACAUGAGCAUGUGUGUACCUUGAGAACGGUGUGUGUGUGUGUGUGUGUGUGUUUUCUGUCCUGUGUGGUUGUGUUCGCCGCCUUUUGUUUGAGUCAGCGUGGAGGAGGGUGGGAGUCGGGGGCGGCGGGGACGUUGAAAAGAGCCGAGCAGACAGAGAAAUUACCACAUGGAAAGGAGCUGCCAUAGAACGGCCCGCUCCGACUGACAGAUAGACGCGUCCUCACCGAGUCUGGAUGGGACCGCGUCAAAAGGCCAAGAGGGAAUACUUUGUCAUGAUUACAGCAGGAAGAUCUGUGUUCACUGCAAGUGUGUGCGAGAGGAGCAUGCCGUGCGCUCGGUGCCGGGCCAGCUGGAAAAGAUGAUGACGAAGCUGGUGUCGGACUUCCAGAGACACUCCAUCUCCGACGAUGACUCGGGCUGCGCCUCCGAGGAGUACGCGUGGGUCCCACCUGGGCUCAAGCCCGAGCAGGUAUACCAGUAUUUCAGCUGCCUGCCAGAGGACAGGGUGCCCUAUGUGAACAGUUUGGGGGAGAGAUACCGAAUCAAACAGCUGCUGCACCAGCUUCCAGCCCACGACAGUGAGUCCCAGUACUGCAACACUCUGGACGAGGAGGAGAAGAAGGAGUUGCGUUUGUUCAGUCAACAGAGGAAACGAGAAAACUUGGGCAGAGGCGUCGUCAGACUCUUCCCAGUAACGAUGACGGGAGCCAUCUGCCAACAGUGCGAGAGGCAGAUCUGCGGCGGAGACAUAGCGGUGUUUGCCAGUCGGGCAGAACAAAACAGCUGUUGGCACCCUCAGUGUUUCCAGUGUGCCACCUGCAGCGAGCUGCUGGUCGAUCUCAUCUACUUCUUCCAGGACGGACAGAUCUACUGCGGCCGGCACCACGCCGAGAGGCUGAAGCCGCGCUGCCAGGCCUGCGACGAGAUUAUUCUGGCAGAUGAAUGUACGGAGGCAGAAGGCCGAUACUGGCACAUGAAGCACUUCUGCUGCUUUGAGUGCGAGGCUGCGCUGGGCGGUCAGCGUUACAUCAUGAGAGAGAGUCGACCGUACUGCUGCUCCUGCUACGAGUCCCUGUACGCCGAGUACUGCGACACCUGCGGAGAACACAUAGGUAUCGAUCAGGGUCAGAUGACAUACGAGGGUCAGCACUGGCACGCCGUGGAGUCUUGUUUCUGCUGCGCCUGCUGCCAGCUACCUCUGCUGGGGCGUCCCUUCCUCCCUCGAGGGGGGCUCAUCUACUGCUCCAGGCCCUGCUCGCUGGGCGAGGACCCCAAUAACUCCGACUCCUGUGACUCGGCGCUGCAGAGCAAACCGCCUCAGCACAAACGUGGUGAGACGGCAGGGAAACUCCAGCAGCCACAGUGCGGCUCUCCACUGCAGCCGCUAGAGGGCACCAUCCCUGUUAUAGUUCCUGCAAAAGACUGCAUUCAUACUGCAGUGGAAAACAGAGGUGUCCACUGCACGGCUCCAGUUCAAAACGGACUUCCUUCACCAAGUGGACAUCCUCAUCCAAGAGGCUCCUACUCACCUCUUCCCCACAUCCAUCUAGGAAACGGCUUCGGUCCAUCUUGGCCCAGCGACCUUCCCCAUUACAGUUUACUGCCAGGGGACUCUGGUAUCAAGCGCUCUGUCGCAGAGCUUCAGUUCAAGGGGGAGCUCAAUUCAAAUACUGGACUAACUGGCCUUAAUUCAAGGGGAACCUCGACUAAAGACUGUAGGAACUGGGUAGAAAGGACAAAUCAAGUAAUGCAAGUGUUUCCUCCACAGAAAAACUCCCACCUGACUUCACCUGACUCGCCCAACAACCCAUCCAUCCUCCCACCUCCGCUGCCCCUCAAGUCUCGUGACUUGAUGCCCCUGGACUCACCCCAACCGAACCUCCCCCAACUAGUGGACAGACCGCCUGACUCUCCGCCCCCGCUGUCUCGCAGUGGCACAGCUCGGGUCAGCUUCAGAGAACCAAUCAGCAGCAGCUACUCUGUGGAGGAAAACGAGGAUGAAGAUGAGAAUGAGCCAGAGCUGCCAGAGGGAAAGGAGAACCUGCAGGAGGAAGAUGAGAUGGAGGGAGGUUUCGGAAGCAGGUUGCAUCUACAGAAAGGCAUCCCGCCGCAGAUGGAUCUUCUGGAUGGAUCCUCUUACCACCAGCGGAGUCUGCGGCGAGGGUGGAGCCGUUGCCGCUUCCCCUCUGACCCUGCUCUCCACCCGGGAGCAGAGAGGCGCUCCAGACGCUCGCGGCCCGACCGGCCUCGGCUGGACACCCUGGACUGCAGGGGCGAGAAAGAGAGGGACAAGCGGGGCUCCGCCUGCUCACUGACCCUGCAGCCGGGCCAGCACAAACACGAAGACUCUUGCUCUACGUGCUCUUCGUCCUCAGACUCAGAGGAUGAUGGCUUCUUCCUGGGGCAGCCCAUACCUCUGCCCCCGCAGCUCCGAAAGCAGCCACCCGAAGAGGGCCUGGACAGAGAGGGAGACGAGGAGAGGGAGGUGCAGAGAGACUGGGGACUGAGAGGCAGCCUCAGGCGGAGAAGAACUCACAGCCUUGGCGCAAAGGACAAAGAUAAAAACUGUGCUAUUUCCUAACGUCAAAACACAGCAUUGUUAUUUCCUGAAUGAUGGUGCACAAGAAGAACUAAUGACCCUUCAUUACUCUGGUAAUUAGUUUUGUGACGGUGAUGUCGAGUUAAAUCGUGCAGACUUUUCCACAUCGUUCCAGACUUAAUACUCAGCUAAAAGAAAGCACAAUAAACCCUCAGAAAGGUCACUAACUUUAACUGAACCGUAUUUACGUUUGUUUGACUUUUUGAGAUGUUACAUUGUAGAAAAUGUGAGUGUGUAUGAAUCAUGUGAGAAGUGAUGAAUGUGAAAUGAUUAUGUUAGGAUUAUAUUGUAACAUCCAAGAGAGGACUCACUCGGUGAAGUGAAAUGUUACUUCUUUUUACCGUCGCCAUCAUUUACACAUGCAAACUUACAGUAGGACAUGUGACCACGAACCGACGGCUCAUUCCUCUAUCAUGGGUUGUAAAAUACAAUAUUAAUCAUAUCUUUCUUUCGUUUUUUUACCCUACUGUAACCAUUCAGCUGUGCUCUUAUGUGCAAUUUUAAUAUGUCUGUAAUGUAUUACAGUUAUGAAUACUAAAUGGCCAAACAUUAUGGGAUGGAGUGUGACGAACCGUGGUAGUUUUAUGAGCGGUUACAUUUGUUACGUGUGUCCAAACGAAAUACUACAAAGUUCGUAUUCAUUCAUGUCAUUACAUUUUAAUCACAAAACACUUAUUUUUAUAUAUCUGGUGUCGGUCGCUGUUCUUUCUAGUUGUAUCUCGGGUAAAAAGGAAGAGAUUAUAAUUUCUGUUUCUGUUUCUGUUUCUCAGAUUGUGUUUCUCAAUGUUAUGUUGUUAUUAAAUUUGUCUAAAGUG